CCUACGCCGCCGCCGCUGCCCGGCCCCGCGGGGAGGGCCUAAAGAAGAUGCCCGAUCAAGCCCUGCAGCAGAUGCUGGACAGAAGUUGCUGGGUAUGUUUUGCUACUGAUGAAGAUGAUCGAACAGCUGAAUGGGUGAGACCAUGCAGGUGCAGAGGAUCUACGAAAUGGGUUCACCAAGCUUGUCUACAACGCUGGGUAGAUGAAAAACAAAGAGGAAAUAGUACAGCACGAGUGGCAUGUCCUCAGUGCAAUGCAGAAUACUUAAUAGUAUUUCCAAAGUUGGGUCCAGUUGUUUACGUCUUGGAUCUUGCAGAUAGACUGAUCUCAAAAGCCUGUCCAUUUGCUGCAGCAGGAAUAAUGGUUGGCUCUAUCUAUUGGACUGCUGUGACUUAUGGAGCUGUGACAGUGAUGCAGGUGGUAGGCCAUAAAGAAGGUUUGGAUGUUAUGGAAAGAGCUGAUCCUUUAUUCCUUUUAAUUGGACUUCCCACUAUUCCUGUUAUGCUGAUAUUAGGCAAGAUGAUUCGCUGGGAAGACUACGUUCUUAGAUUGUGGCGCAAAUACUCUAAUAAACUACAGAUUUUGAACAGUAUAUUUCCAGGGAUUGGAUGUCCUGUUCCUCGUAUUCCAGCUGAGGCAAAUCCUUUGGCAGAUCAUGUCUCUGCUACUCGAAUUUUGUGUGGAGCUCUUGUCUUUCCCACUAUUGCCACGAUAGUUGGAAAACUGAUGUUCAGUAGUGUUAAUUCUAACCUACAAAGGACAAUCUUGGGUGGAAUUGCUUUUGUUGCCAUAAAAGGAGCAUUUAAGGUUUACUUCAAACAGCAACAAUAUUUGCGUCAAGCACACCGCAAAAUUCUUAAUUAUCCAGAGCAAGAAGAAGCGUAAGGGUGUGACGUCCCAUUGUUCGACCGCCUCAUCUGAGAGUCUGUUGUGGUGUUCUGAUAUCAUCAUUAUUGCACAGUAGUGGAGACUUGUGAUAAGCUGCUGCUCCUAUAUUUUUAAGACAUAUAAUAAAGCACUUAUGGCAGGGGAAAUCCUCUCAGUAAUCACGGAACCUAAGACUAUGAUUUGUUUUCAUUGUUUUAUAUGUACUUCCUUUAUGGCAGUCAUCUGAACCAUUUUCUUAGCAUGAUAAAUACUGGGUUUUAUUUGUGUUUUCCCUGGACGAAAGUGUAGAGAUCAAAUUGUACAGUUAUUAAACAAGGAACAGGCUAUUGUAUGCAAAUGCCUCUUUUGUACAUUUGUAUGUUUACUAUUUUCUUACACAGAAUCAUCAACUCAACAAUAAGGAUACCAUACGAGGAUUUCUUAUUUCAGUAGAUGAUUUAACUGCAUAACAAGAGCAUAUGUCAAUAUGGAGAAAAUGGAAAUGUUAAUAUGGAGGAAAUAAAAAUUUACUUUGAGUUAUGAAAUAGAUAUGAAACCAAAAAUAUAUGAAGCCACUCAAUCGCUUAUCUGAACAACCUAGAUUCUAUUGAGUAUUUUAAACAAUAUAAUAUCCUCUAAAAUACAUGAAAAUUCACAGAGCUUCCAGUUCAUUUUAUUGCUACUAAAUCUAUGUGAUGUUGGCAUCUCGUAGUUCAUUAUAUAGUUCUGACUAUUCAACAGUCUAAAUUGCAUUAUAUCAUCAGUUCCUUGUAACGUUAAAAUCUUCAGUAGAUUUUUAAAUACUUAAUUCUAGAAAUUGCUACAGUAUUGGAGCUACAAGUCUCCAUGUCAUUUGAGCACAGAGAAGCAACUGCCAAGUUGCACUUUUCCUUUCCUCUCCACUAAGUAGUGAGAGUGAUUUGGAGAUGAACAGGGAAGCAAACUCAGGAGAGGCUUGGAGCCAGCUAUCUUUGGGUCAGCAAUGAGGAGAUGAACAUUAAAAAUGUGACUGCCAAGCAUCAAUACUGAGCAUCCAGGAGACCUUAAGAUCGAUGCUUUGGACAUAAACCGAUGGAUUGUGGAAAGAUAAAGGUCAAUACUUAGAGUUUAGUCACUAGUCGUCUUGCGAUUGAGGCUAACGCUUUGAUGAUUACUUCUUUAAUUGGUUGGUUGAUAUAACCAUUUUCCAAAGAAAAUUGUUCAUUUUGAGCCUCUUUCCAGCAGCAAGAGUGGCUAUUAUACCAUCCAGCCAUUCAAAAUGGAUUUUUGUUUUCACUGAAUAAAGUAAAUGCUUUAAAAAAUUAUCCUUUAAAAACUAUUUUUCUGUAUUUUCUUGUUCACAGUAGCAUAUCUAAUGCAUGAAAAACAGUAAAUAUUUUCCCUUCUCUUAGAAAUAGAUUGGCUAUAGUGUGAACAGUAUUGGAUUGGAAUAAUGUAUGUUAAUUUUAGUGAAGACAUAUCUUUUCUAUAGUAUGAAUGUAAUAAAUAUUGAGAUAACAUAAAAAUGUAUAGAAACGGUGUGUGUGUAUAUAAUGGCUAUUGCAUAUUCAAAGCUGUAGUUACCAAGGGAAGAAGAUAAAGAAAUUGAAUAGUGAAAUUCAGAAAGUGCACUUCUUCUGAAAGGGACACACAGUAUUUCUAACUAUGGGAAAUAAUUUAGAUUAUACAGCUGCAACUUUUGACAUGUACUGACUUUCUCUUUAAUUUUCAACAAGAAAAAAAAGUAAUAGAAAAUGUUAGUGAAGACCAGCUUUUCAGUAGCCUUUACUCUAAAGAUGAAGAAGAAUGAAGUCACCCAUUUACUCUUAAUAGCUAGGGUGGUACCUGACUGCUCCGGGUAAUAGUGAUUGUGGUUCCUUCCGAGUGCCAGGGGAGAAUCAGCCCUGCCUGAGAACUUGGCAUCAGGGUGGUUGGAGGAAGAGCAACAGUGGUAUCUGGGUGUUCUCCCUCCACCCUCUGCUCCAGCAUGGGCCUCAGAAUGUUUAUAAGCAACAAGACAUGUCUUCUAGUUAUGGGUGGUCAUAAAGGAAACAUGGCGAUUAUCCAACUAAGGGAGUAAUGGCACUUGACAAUUUAAAUAUCUCCUCUGGGCCAUAGUGGCAUUUCCUGAGUCGUCUGUUAAAGUGCUUCCACAGAGCAUGAACAAGGUAAAGUCAAGAGGUAAGAAAAUUUAGUAAGGUGAGAUGUAAAAGGAUGAGCAAGACUGAGUUGGGAGUGAGUGAACUUUUUUUUGUUACUGUUUUUCAGUUUUUUUCCAUGCUUGUAUUGCUGUGUUUAUUUCUGGUUAUUUUACUCUUGAACUUUUUCUACAAAACACAAUGAAAACGAAUAGAAAUUUUUUUCAAAAUACUUAUCUUCUUUCGAAGUAGCUGAAAAUGUACAUAAAAACUGUGAAGAAUACAAUUACUUAAGCUUAUGACUUAAGUUACCUUGAAAAUUGUGCUGUAAUUUUUUUAAAUCCUUGUUUUUUAGAUAGCAUUUAAUCUCAGAACUGAUAUUGGAUUAGGUUGAAUAAAGAAUUUUUAUGUUC